UUUCCUCUGUGGCCGGACCCUGCUCUCAGAACUCCUUCACCUCCAUCCUCAACUGUGCUCGGCCCACGGUGUCUCCAGCCCAGAGGCUCCUGCUUUUGGGGCAUUUUGAGCAAAACCCAGCUGUUUUGGUAAAGCAGCUGCUGCUUUGGCUGCUGAAAUCUCCCACCCAGUGCACAGCCCGGGCCCCAGAGCCGCCUCCUGCCCUUCCCUCCGUGCCUGGGACACUGCAGGAGCGCAGGGGCCGUCGCCAUGUCGGUGUCGCACAGCUCCAGGCUGAACAAGCUGGUGCGGGAGCAGUACAUGAGGCUGCCCCAGGAUGGCAGGGUUCAGGUCACCUACGUCUGGAUCGACGGCAGCGGCGAGGGCGUGCGCUGCAAGAGCAGGACCCUCGAUAAGGAGCCCAAGAGCAUCGAAGAUGUCCCCGAGUGGAAUUUCGAUGGCUCCAGCACGGCACAGGCAGAGGGCUCCAACAGUGACAUGUUCCUGGUGCCCGUCUGCAUGUUCAGGGACCCUUUUUGCCUGGACCCCAACAAGCUGGUGCUCUGCGAGGUGCUGAAGUACAACAGGAAACCCGCAGAGACCAACCUGAGACACACAUGCAAGAAAGUCAUGGACCUGGUGAAGGACAGCCACCCCUGGUUCGGGAUGGAGCAGGAGUACACCCUGCUGGGCAUCAAUGGCCACCCCUACGGCUGGCCCGACAACGGCUUCCCCGGCCCGCAGGGCCCCUAUUACUGUGGGGUUGGAGCAGAUAAGGUGUAUGGUCGUGAUAUCGUGGAGUCCCACUACAAGGCUUGUCUCUAUGCGGGGGUGAAGAUCUGUGGCACCAAUGCUGAGGUGAUGCCCUCCCAGUGGGAAUUCCAGGUGGGCCCGUGUGAAGGCAUUGAGAUGGGGGAUCACCUCUGGAUGGCUCGGUUCAUCCUGCACCGUGUCUGCGAGGACUUUGGGGUUGUGGCCACUCUGGACCCCAAACCGAUGACCGGCAACUGGAACGGCGCCGGGUGUCACACCAACUACAGCACCGAGGAGAUGCGCAGAGAGGGGGGUCUCAAGCACAUCGAAGCUGCCAUCGAGAAGCUGAGCAAGCGGCACGAUUACCACAUCUGCGUGUACGACCCGCGGGGCGGCAGGGACAACUCCCGGCGCCUCACCGGCCACCACGAGACUUCCAACAUCUUCGAGUUCUCUGCCGGCGUGGCCAACCGAGGCGCCAGCAUCCGCAUCCCGCGCCAGGUCGGCCAGGAUGGCUACGGCUACUUCGAGGACCGGCGGCCGGCGGCCAACUGCGACCCCUACGCGGUGACCGAGGCCAUCAUGAGGACGACGGUGCUCAACGAGACCGGGGUGGAGACCAAGGACUACGCUGACCACUGAGGCACCAGGGUGGGUGGAGGUUCUCGUGCCUACAGUAGCUUCUCACGUGGGAUUUGUGCCUGUGCGGUGUCUUCAGCUGCAAGCUCAGACUCUAGGAACCUCGCUUCUGGUCUUGUGAAACUUCGCCUUAGAAAUACGUAUUUUAUAGCAAGAGGGAGGGGCCCAACCUAUUUUCUCAACCACUUUGUUUUUUUCUGGUUCCUGGUUUUAGGUCAUGAGGUUGUUUUUUUUUAAAAAAAAAAAAACUUGGAUUGAAUUUUUUUUCCCCGAUGGACUUUACACUGUGAUGUACAUAGAUUCCAACGUGGAUGCUGCAGCUGCUGCUGUUUGCACCUGUGGAGGGUGGGUGCUUUUUUUUUCCAUAUCUCUGUUGCAAGGAAAUGAUAAUAAAUAAUUUUCCUGGCUGCGUGGCAGCUGGGUUA